AUGCAGGACAAAACCCUUCACCUUAAUGGUUUUGCUUAUCGGAAAACUGACAACAACAACUCUCUCUGGACGUUAAAGGGCAUUAAUCUCAACGGCAAAAGAGGAAAACGUGAAGACAAGCGACAAUCAGUUACAGAGUUUAUUCAAGAAAACAGCCGGAAAAUAGAAGAGUCAACAUUAGGGCCAGGUGGCGGCUUUGGAAUUGGCUGUGGUAUCGGUGUGGGUCUUGGAGCAGUUGGUGGGCUAGGUUUUGGUGGUUCUGAAUGGAACCAUCUCAAAAUGGUUUUUGGAUUGGGUAUGGGUUGUGGUGUUGGUAUUGGGUUUGGGUAUGGGCAAGGGAUUGGUGUUGGGUUUUCAUGGGAUGAAUUUAAGUCCAGAUUUUUCGAACCCAAAAGUAGUUCCAGAAAGCCACUUGUAAUUCGAAUCUGA